AUGGAUGCAUACGAGCAAGUCCGCAUCAUCGGCAAAGGCUCAUUUGGCGUCGUCACGCAAAUUGUACGCAAAAGUGAUCGCAAGAUGCUGGUGUGGAAGGAAGUUAAUUAUGGCGCCAUGAGUGAAAAGGAAAAGCAGCUCAUCGUCAGCGAGGUGAACAUACUUCGAGAAUUGAGACACCCGCAUAUUGUUCGCUACUUGGACCGUGUCAUCGAUAAACAGGCCACUAGAAUUUACAUUGUCAUGGAGUACUGCGAAGGCGGUGACCUUGGCCAAUUCAUAAAGAGAAAGAAGCGGGAGGGGUCCUACAUCGAAGAGGGCUUCAUUUGGCACAUUUUUACGCACAUAUUUCUCGCACUUAAGGAAUGUCACCGCCACCGUGAAGGUAAUGUCAUCCGUCCUAUACUACAUCGUGACAUCAAGCCUGGCAACAUUUUCUUAGACUCCAACAACAACGCCAAGCUUGGUGACUUUGGUCUCGCCAAGGAGCUAAGCAGCGAAUCGCGAUUCGCUCAGACGAAUGUCGGUACCCCCUACUACAUGAGCCCCGAGAUGGUAAAUGAAAUGACUUACGACGACCGCUCUGACAUUUGGGCCCUUGGCUGUUUGCUUUACGAGAUGGCUACACUCGGCCCACCUUUUGAUGCAACAAAUCAACUCGCUUUGGCUAAAAAAAUCAAUGCAGGCAAAUUUAAUCGAAUUCCCUCUCAGUACUCCGAGGGCCUCUUCCAGGUCAUUCGAUGGAUGCUCCAUCGACAGCGCUCUCGACGACCAAGAAUUGAAGAUUUGGAGCGUGUUCCACAAUUGCAACAGCGAUUACGUGCGUAUACUGCGGCUAAUGUCCCGCAAUCUGGCGGCGACCAAAAUUUACAGACUUCUUACAAUCAAAAGAUGAAGGAGCUGCUAGGAAUCGAGGAAGAUUUGCGUCGACAGGAGGCUGCAUUGAUGGCUCGCGAAAAAAAGCUGAAAGAGCUGGAAGUGGACUAUAUGCGUCGUGAGGGCGAGCUGAAGAAGCGGGAGCAAAUGGUGGAGAUGAUGACGCGAAAGCUGUCUUACAAUGCGGGAAAAGUAGGAUCUCCAACAACUUCGGAUGACUCGAUUUCCAGUGCAGACAAUAACGCUGGCCAAGCAGGAUCACAGAGUCCGAAAGGACGUGGAAACAAUAAUGGUGGAAGCCCCUCUGAUCGUGGUAGCCGUCCGCCGGCUGCUGGUGAUUUCCAGUCGCAGUCUUCAGGUGAUCUGGAUGCCAAAGUUGCGGCAGAAGAAGUUCAGCAGCCAAGGUCUCUGCGGGGCUAUCCUGCUAAUUUGAUGAAGGGAAUGGUACAGACUUAUCGAACAAGCGGCUCUCGAGUCUUUAUACCACUAAACACGCACCUUCAAGCGCCACCAGUAUUUGUACAAGAUAAUCAACGAAAGACAAGAAAAAUUAAGGGCGCUGAACUGAGUGUCACGAUCGUCUGUCCAGAGCGAAAGCCGAUGGAAACUUUUGAUUUCGGUGGUCCUCCACUCUGCGAAAGGAAGGAGCCACUUCGGAGGAAAAUCAAAGAAUAG